GCAUCAAGAAUAUAUACAAAGAUCUGAAAAACCCACUGAACGUGCGAAGCUCUGAACCAAAGCCAGGCCACAGUUGCAUUUGUCGUCUGUCUGCCGCAAUGUGUGACAAAUAUUGUUUUGUUUUGGCUUAUCUGUGGUGAAAACUUUUAGCGCCUAACUAAAUAUGUUUUACAACAAAAUAUUUGUUUUAGCAGUUUAUUAUUUCGCUGCUGUCAACUCCUUGAUAUUUGAAAAUAAUAAUUCCAGUAGUUUGAAUAUUAAAUAUCACGUAUCCAGUGAUGAGCAAAAUUGGUUUCAAGCUCUAAUAAGGUGCCAUAAUGCCGGUAUGGAACUGGCAAGUAUAAGGUCGAAAACGGACUACGACAAUUUAGAUAAAUAUCUGAAAGAAAAUGGAUUUAAAGGAGGAUACUGGCUGUCAGCAACAAAUUUGGGCAACGGAAAUUACUACUGGGCGUCAUCUGGAUCUGCGGUUAUAUAUUCAAACUGGUUGCCUAAUCAGCCGGAUAAUGCUAAAUUAGCUGAGAACAAGUACAAGGGUGAGAAUUGUAUCCAAUGGGGCAUUUACAAUUCAAAUCCGGAGCCAUCCGGUUGGAACGAUAUGCACUGUAAUUACAAAAUAAGAUAUAUUUGUCAGGAAACUGACGUUUGUGAAUAAAGUUUAUAUCGGAGUGUGUUGUAAUAACGCUCAAAAUGUAA